AUGGGGGCCGCCUCCGAGUUCGUGAGGGCGGUCGUUGCCCUGGUCGCCUUCCUGCUGAACGUGACGCUCGACCUGCUGCACGUUCCCCUGCUGCUGCCGGGCCUGCUCUCGAUCUACCGCACAGCCUCCGUCCUGAGGUCGUUGUCUGCUUCUUGGGGCGCCCUGAUUCGGGCGUGCCUUUCUAAGCCCAAAGAGUACGUGUGGAUAACGGUGAACCACGGCUUGGUGAUGGUCGUGGACUUGCUUUCCGUGCUGCCCUUCCUGUUCACCUUGCUGACGGGGAUUCGCACGAGGAGGCUGUUGAGGGACAUGAGGAAAGAGAUUGAAGCAGCGAGAGGGAAGACCGAGGUGAUUUGGGGCUUGAGGGGGGUUGUUUGGGAACAAUUUUUUUCGCUGCUGCUGGAGCUGCUCUACCUCCCGCUGGUGGCCUUCGCGCUGGUGACAUGGCGGGGCCCCAAGGUGCUGCGGGAGAUAAGGGGAGCGCCAGCGCCUGCAGGCGGCAGCCCAGCAGGCACAAGACCAGCAGGAGCAAGACAAGGAGGGGGAAGAACAGCAGGGGCAAGACCAGGAGGCUCAGCAAGCAAGACGCCCCCCCCAAAAAACAUAGCUCUCGCCGACCGGGCAGGCAUCGUCCUCAUGAACAUACUUGCCCUGAUUGUCGAUCUGCCCUACGUGGCCAUGGCGCUCCUGAUGACGGCCACAUUGUGGCGGGCAGUCCCUUACUGGACCGAUGCGCGCGUGGCAGCGCGCGACAGGCGGGUUUGGGAAUGCACCUGGUCCCAUUUCAAGCGAUGGGUGUUGGACGUGCCGGCCUGGCUUGGCGCCGGCUUGCUGUUCGCCACGGUGUAUCGCCUCCCCGGCCUCUUGGCCAGGAUGGCCACUCGAUCUCGAAUGCCACCGGGCCCUCCCCUCGCCACGGUGACCAGCGCCACGGUGACCUUCCCGGGACGGGGCGCGCAGGUCAGGCUCCGCGGGACCAAGCCGCCCGAGUUGGUCGCGGAUAAAGCGCGGCUCCACGUGGGGGAUGACGACUGGUGGAACGCAGCAGGAGCCGUCCUGGGCGGCCCGCUGGUUUUUGCCGCGCGGACCAUGCUCCCGAUGGCCGUCCGGCCGAGCAUGAUGGAUCUCGCGGCUGGGUUCUCCGCUGGGGGACAGGAGUUCGACGCGGAGCUGCGCUUGGGGACCAAGAGUGAGAAGGCCGCCUCCGAAAAGUUGGUUGGUGCGCUGAGGAAGAUAGCCAAUCGAUUCCCCGACGCCGCCAUGGACGUUGUGCUGGAGUGCCGUGGCGCCCAGCUGAUCAGGCUGCGAGCGAAGGCGGCGGACAUGCUGCACGAGGACUGGGGCCCAGACACGGCGCACGAGCUUCCGGUGGCGCCGCCCGAACAGGCGGAGCCCAGGAGACCGAAGGAAUAUGACGGCCACAAGGCGCGGGAUUGUUACCUGGAAGACUUGCGAGACGCGGUCGCGUCGGGGUUAGUGAAACUCGCGCUGGAUGCAUUCGCCCUCCUUGGGCUGAUGGCGAUCGUCGCAUUGUUCCCCUGGCGCCUGCCCCAGCUGUUCUGUCGGCUGCUGGAGACCAAGGCGCGGGCGAGGCAGCUGGCGGCGCGCAGGGCGCUCGCCAAGGCGCGUCGCAGGGCGCGGGGGCGCCUCGAGGCCGAGAUCUUGGCCAAGGACGCGAUUGCGGACGGCGCCAAGGCGGUUGUGGGAGGUGGGGCGGGUGCGGGGCCGGGGGCCUCUCAGCUUAGUAAGCUGUGGCUGCGGGGUAGUUGGUACGGCAAGGGCGCGCCAAAGGCCAAUACCCUGACGACCAAAUCGGAGAGAGAGUCCGAAUACGUGCUUUUGCCCCCUGACGAGUUGAAGGACACCCGCCACGGCCCUUCCGGUGCUCCCCAGCGUCCCGUCGCCCUCGGGUGCCAUGCCGCGUUCUACAGGCUGUGCCCGGGGAUGCGCGAGUCGAUGGAAAAGGCGGCCGGCGAGGAUCCUGCCGUGGCGGCGGCCUGGGAGGCGCUCCGGGCCAAAGAGGACGAACUGGCUGGCCAGCGGGAUGCGCUGCUGUCCGGCGCCGUGAGCCCAGACCAUCAGGCAGUGCUGGAGAAGGUGCGGCAGUUGGAUUCACUCGCGGCUUACGUCGAUCGGAUGUAUGAUGAUCUUCUGGGUGCCAAGCCAGACGUCCAGGUUCGGAUCGAUCCGUUUUGGGCAGGGGCAUCCUGUCGCAACCACGGGUGGAGCGAAAAGCGGGUGAUCGUCUCCGGCAUGGUAAAGGAGGCUGUCCUGGAUGUCCUGGGCUUGCUGUCGACCCUCGGCUUGUUCUUGUCGCUGGUCCGCUUCGUGCCUUUCAUGGCGGACUGGCUCGCCGGCCGACGCACUUGGCGGGCAUCAUGCUUUGAGCAGUUGGGUCAGCUGGGGUUGGACGUGCUUUACACCCUGCGGGCAUUGAUUGUGAUCGUCCUGGUGUACCACGCCCCCCAGUUGGUGGCCCAAGCGCUUGAGGCCGUGGUGAUCCUGAAAUCGCCUGAGAUCGCCCGGCGAGUGGUGGAGCGCUAUGCAGAGGAGACGUGGGAAGACGUGUACGCACUGUUGAAGCUGCUGACCUUGUGGAAAACCUACAAAGCUGCAGUUGCCACGCUGGUUUGGGGUCUGUUUGUACCAGCGGAAAUGGUGGCCGUUUCACUCCAACAGCGUAUAUCCAGUGCCAGCUUGCGCAGGGCAAUUGCUUUGGCCACCUGGCUGGCACUCCUGGGAUACCCUUUUGCGUUUAUUUUCUGGAUGGCGGAGGACUACAGCAACAGCGAGGGCCGCAUGGGCUCCGCGGUUGGUGCUUUCUGUGUUCUGCUCAUCGCCAUCCAGCUCCUUAUCGCAUGGUGUUAUGGGGCAGAUCCUGAGGGGCAGUGGUCCACAGUGAGCAGCGCCUCAUACGACAUCCACUGGUCGUACGCAAACGCCAAUGCCCUCUUCAACAUGGCGCUAGAAAUCUACCAGCAUGCAGCCCUGGUCCUUGAUAUUGGUGGGGUUACGUUUCGACAUGCAGCUACUGUCGAAGAUGUUGCCUCUCCUUCGUUGCUGGACUUUGAUGUUGAUUUCUACGAAGUGUUCUUUUGGCUGGCGGUGGGGGCGGUAGGAAUAUGGUUCGUUGUUGCAGCGCUGCCUGUUGUGGUUGAGUCCAUUUUUGAAAUCUGCCCACCUAGCACCAUUGAAAGCAGGCCACUGUGGAGGAUGCUGGAGACCGCUAUGUCCACGACGUUCUCGCUCACCAUUUUCUCCAAUCUGCUUCGCAUUCUGGCUUGCACCGAGAUGGACGCCUCAGAUGGGUUGGUUCUGGAUGCUUCCAAAGAAAAGAAUGUGCAGUGCUAUAAGGGAGAUCACCGUGUGAUGGCCUUGCUGGCCCUGCUAAGCCUAGCUUACUUUGUGCCAACGGCCACCUGGACCCGUGCAAAGAUCAGGGACGACACAGACAAAGAUCUUGAUGUGCGCUUUGCACCGAUCUACCAGUUUGUCAUAUUCAUCUCCAGGUUUGGGCUGGCAGCAUUUGUGGAGGUGUACUCGCCACUGUCCAAGUGGGUGAGUUUAGGCGCCUCCCUCCUGCUGAACCUCGGCCUGGCAGCGUUUACCUUUGGUUUCAGCCAUUGGUAUGGCAUUGGCCCCUGUCCCCUGCCAGGGAUCUGGAUCGCUCGUGGCUUUGGCUUUGCUGCAGCAGCCUGGACAGCAUUGGUGGUCAUGUUCGCUCCCUUUGAAGGCGAAGUUGCCUCUGUGCCUGUAGUGUUGAUGGCGAUUGGGAUUGGGUACAUUGUGGCCAUCAUCAUAGCAAUCGUCUUCACUUGGCAGUGGUCCACACGGCAUGUUGUAGUCAAACAAAUCCCAAGCAGGGACAUGCGUUUGGUGGUUGGGUGCCUGCUGGAGUUGGAAGCUAUUCUUUUUGUGGCCCAUGGCAAGUCGGCAUUUGUACCAAAGUGGCAUGAACUUCAGGAGGGCAGGUUUUGGCGCCGACUUGUUCGCAAGCACGGCUCCAAUACGCCCAAGCAAGGGUGUGCCAAGUGUCUGGGCAAUAUCAGCGUCCUUGGGGAACUCUUGUUGGAACUGGAGAGGGCAGUCGCCUUUGAGGAAGAGGAUCCAGGGUUUCUGCGGCGUAGGCCUGCUUGGAACCAAGAGGCCAAGGAAAUUGAGAACGUGCCACAAUUGGCCAUGCUCAUCCUAGAGUUUGGCGGUGGCCUACCUGUCGUGCAGGCAAACACGAAGUGGGCAAGUCAGUGCAGUGCUGGGCUGUCCGGAAUUGGAAGAUGUUUGCCACAGACGGAAAUCAUGGUGUGA